UUGCAUGCGGACGAGUCAGAUAAAUGGAUGCACGAGGCAUGUCCAGAAAGAAAGUUCCGAUUGCGCAUUGAGUCCGCGCAGAUUACCCGCGCCCUCUUCGAUGAUCGUGUAGGUUAUAUCACCUCCAGCUGUUAUUCAUUCCAAUUAAUGAUAAUCUCAUUUUCGACCUGAAAUGAGCAAGAGAAUCGAAAAUCCCACAAGCUUCGAGAUACGUUCGGUAAUCAAAUUUUUGAACGCGAAGAAUGUACGACCUGCGGAGAUCUGUCGACAGGUGUGCGAAGUGUACGGGGAGAACGUUAUGAGCGAUGGGAUGGUGAGGAGGUGGUGCAGGAUGUUCAGCAAGGGCAGAUCGAACGUAGAGAACGACGAGAGAAGCGGUCGUCCUUCGUUGGUCACCGACGAUUUGCUGGAGCAGGUGAAGAGCAGGAUCGUGGAGAACAGAAGAAUCACGAUGACCGAACUGAGCAAACAUUUCCCGCAGAUUUCACGUUCUCUGCUUCACGAAGUCGUCAGGGAACACUUGCAGUUUAACAAAGUCUGCUCCAGAUGGGUCACCUCGGAUGAGAAUAAUUCACUUGGAAGUCCGAAAUCUGCGAAGAAAGAACACAGCGAACCGGAGGAAUUUGUAGUCAUCAAAAGCGACAAGGAUCACGUUUAUAAAUACGACAAAAAGAACAAAACCAGAAAAAUUGCUGCGACUGAAAUCAAGGUUGAACGCAAAGAGGUUGAUGAAAAUCAAUCAACGGAUGCAAUUAACCAAAGGCUUUUCGAUGGAAACACACCGACUUCGAGAACAGAAGAUCUUAGUAAUACCAGUAAAAAGCAGGAUUUGAGCGAAGUUUGCGUCAAAGUCGAAUGUGAAGAUCAAGAAGUAAAAGAAACGUCCGUCCAGUCAUCAGGUUUAAGUUCGGUAACGAUUCAACAUCACGAUGUUAAUUGUAUGCCCGAAGAUCUUAGUAUACAAAGUAACAUUUCUGAAGUGAAUAUUAAAAUUGAAUGCGAGGACGCAUGUGUUGAAUCCGCACAGGACCUGUCUGCUCCAAGUAUACCAAAAUCAGUUGUCAGCAAAGCGAAUGAAACGCAAAACAUGAUACUGGCAGAUGACAUAAAGAUUGAAUACGAAGAAGUGGAUGUGAGACCUACCGCUCAAACAUCCUUACUAACUUCAGUGGCUAAAGUGCCUAGAGACCAAAUGGAAUUUAAUAUAGCGAUGAGCAGUGAAAAAUCUGAUGAAUAUAAUAACCUAAUGUACGAUUAUCAAGUGGUGGAAACGCCGGGACAGAGGAAGCAGAGGUUGAACAGGGAGAGGGUGAAUCGUUGGAGAGCGAGACAGAGUCAGGAGACGCUGGAUCGUUUGCGGCAGAAGGACCUCGAGAGGCACGCCGUGAGUCGAGCCUACGAAAGCCAGGAAGCUCGCUUGGCGAGGAGAAAAAGAAACGCGGCAUCUGCAGCUCGCAGAAGACGGGCCCGGAUGUUGAACUCUUCUCAAAGUACAGAAGACAACAAUCCUUCUAACGAAUACGAAGUCCUUAAUCUUAAUCUUACUCCUGCUAAAUUAACGACAACGAGUUGGCCCUUCGUCGACCCAGACAAAAUGAUUGAUAGCAGCCCACUAAUUCAAGCACCCUUAAAUUUCGGUUUAAAGAUCGACGAUUUAGAUAAUCCGACGAACGACGAUGAUUUGCGGAUUAAAAUUGAAGACAUAAAGGAGUUCCUGUGAUGAAAUUUUGCAUGCAAGCAAAUAACCUGUGCAAAU